AUGACCGAGCAUGGAGUGAGACCCAUGGAGACCAAGAUUUGUCUCAGCGCAGAUAGAGAGGAAAGACGACGCGUGCUACAUGCUCUACGAGGGGUUAAACUUCGAGAGGCCAGAAGGUUCUUGCGUGCACGAAGCAGUGGGAUCAAACCGAACACUCCCUACUUUCAGGAAGAGCGAUACGAAUCGGCGGACGGGGGGUUCUGUAUUGCCCGGUUCGAGAUCACUCCGCUACACGGUGUGAAAGGAGGCGUCCGCGCUGUGUUUGACGCAGUGCUCCAAGCUGCGUUCAAUGUCGAGAUCAUCAUUUCCGAGACGUCAGGCAACAUUACAGUGCGCGAGGACGACGAUAUGAACGACGAGAGGGUCUCGCAGAUGCGACUCGUGUCCCAGACCAGUCGAGGUGUCCUCGUAGAGAACAAUUUAGUGCAUUUUACAGAACGAGGACGAGCUGUAUCCGUACAGACCGCGGGAGCGCGUUCGACGUGA